AUGGGCCCCUUUACCGUCUUUGCGACACCUCUGAACAUACGGGGAAACAAUCGGAUGUGGAUAUGCCGGAAGAAGUUGCCGAACAGCAAGGAACUUAAUACCACCGCAUCUGGUGAAUAUGAAAAGAACGACCACGAUGUACCUGCCGAGCUUUGGGGCAAGCACUACGAUAUACACGAACCGUUUGUAGAACUCGAUCUGGCCAAUCCUCUGGCAGAAGGUAUGUGUACGCCGGAAUGGGAUCGUGUUCCCUGUACAUUCGUCCUGAAAGAAUUUGAAGAUGGCCAACGCGAUGAAUGCGAAGUGUACCUUCAAUUGCGAGAAUUACAAGACAAGUGUAUUCCAAAAUUCUUCGGAGAAACGAGUUGGAAGGAUUAUACGGAUCCGGAUGAAACAACCACACAUCAAGCCAUGUUACUCGAAUACUUGGCAGGCUACUACACGCUAGCCGAAAGAUUCACCUUGGAUAAGUCGAUACACCAGGGAUUUAUAGACGCAUUAGAGUCUAUAGGUGAAGCUGGUAUUUGUCAUGGAGAUGUAGCAGCGCGAAAUCUUAUGUAUCAACCGGACACGAAGGAGGUCAGGGUCAUUGAUUUCGAACUCUCCAAGAAAAACAGAGAAACCGAUAUUCUCCGUAGCGAGAAAUGGGGUACAGAGCUCCUCACGAUGACAAGCCAAAAUCUACUGGAAUUCGAGUGUUGUUGGGAGGAAAGUGUGGAGGAUUUUUUGCUGGGAAUCUUGAGGGAGUCUGCCCCCACCAAGAUGGGCGGCGUGAUACUUUAUUAUCAAAAUAACCCUCAAUCUCAAUGCAUUCUCUGGCUCUUCGAAGAACUCGCCGACUCCUAUAACCUCGGAUACAUCGCCUUUCUCCAUAUGCGCCAUCCCAAAUACGAGGAAGACUCUACUGAGUUCGUCGAAUCUAACCCUCAAGGCUGCUCUCCGAAAAUUUUGGGGGCAGGUGGCGAUCCCAUUUGUCCCUAUUGGGGAGGACUCUUUGAAGAGACGUCCUAUAUCCUUGGAACUUACGAUACCUCUCACAAAUUUGUAUCCGCAGAUGGGGUUCGCAACGACAGGCUCUGUAAAUUUGCUUGCACGUCACUCUUGCCUAUAAGAAAGCAACAAUUGCUCGGUCUUGUUCAAAGUGAGCAAAUACCUGAGGACUCGCAUGAAGAUCUCUUUUCUCAUGUGCAGUUCAAGAAGUAUCUGCUGUUUAUGGAGAGUGAAUUGGGGGAAAGGGAGUGGUUUAAUGGGGAAAGGGUAGGCCAGAGUGACUUUGUGAUGAUUUGGCCGAUGGAGACUGUUGCUGCUAGCAGAGAUGUGGAUUUGGAAAGGGAGUAUCCAACAUUGUUUGCUUGGAGGAAGAGAGUGCAGGAGAGGCCGGCGUGGAAGAGGGCAGUGGAGAGGAGGAAUGGACGCGACGUGAUACAGUUGAAUUGA